UGUCUCAUCAGUGGCAUAUGGCUUAUAUCCAGAAGAUACCCAGUUCCUGUAGUCCACAGGGGUACAGCAUAUAGAAUGAGCAGGCCUGUUUUAGAGAUCUAUCAGUCUAGAUGCUACUCUUCUGGAGGAAGAAAGGGUUUUAUAUCAGGUUUUGUGGAGAACAUCAAACAGGAAUUAGCAAAAAACAAGGAGAUGAAAGAAAGUAUUAAAAAAUUCCGAGAUGAAGCUAAAAAGCUAGAAGAAUCUGAUGCGCUUCGAGAAGCAAGGAGGAAAUAUAAAACCAUUGAAUCUGAAACAGUGAAGACCUCUGAAGUGAUUAAAAAGAAACUUGAAGAAAUAACUGGUACAGUUAAAGAGAGUUUGGAUGAAGUAAGUAAGAGUGAUAUUGGCCGAAAGAUAAAGGAAGGUGUGGAAGAAGCAGCAAAAACGGCAAAGCAGUCUGCGGAGUCAGUGACAAAAGGAGGGGAGAAAUUAGGCAAGACAGCAGCCUUCAAAGCUAUUUCUCAGGGAGUAGAAACCGUUAAGAAGGAAAUAGAUGAAAGUGUUUUAGGGCAGACUGGUCCUUACAAACGUCCGGAGCGACUACGAAAAAGAACAGAAUUCUCAGGCGAGAGGAUUAAAGAGGAGCGAAUAUUUGAAGCUAAUGAGGAGGCCAUGGGUGUGGUGCUGCAUAAAGACUCAAAAUGGUAUCAGCAGUGGAAAGAUUUCAAGGACAACAAUGUGGUCUUCAACAGGUUCUUUGAAAUGAAAAUGAAGUACGAUGAAAGUGAUAAUGCAUUCAUUCGAGCUUCCAGAGCUGUCACAGACAAAGUCACUGACUUAAUAGGUGGAUUGUUCUCAAAGACGGAAAUGUCUGAAGUUUUGACAGAGAUACUCAAAGUGGAUCCAUCCUUUGACAAAGAUCGUUUUUUAAAGCAGUGCGAGUAUGAUAUAAUCCCCAAUGUCUUGGAGGCUAUGAUGUCUGGGGAGCUGGAUAUUCUCAAAGAUUGGUGCUAUGAAGCGACUUACAGUCAGCUUGCUCAUCCAAUCCAGCAAGCCAAAGCCAUGGGUCUCCAGUUCCACUCCAGGAUUCUUGACAUUGACAACAUUGACCUGGCUAUGGGGAAGAUGAUGGAGCAGGGACCAGUAUUAAUCAUCACUUUUCAGGCUCAGGUCGUGAUGGUAAUUAAGAACCAGAAAGGGGAAGUGGUGGAAGGUGAUCCGGACAAGGUUCUGCGGAUGCUGUACGUGUGGGCGCUCUGCAGAGAUCAGGAUGAGCUCAACCCCUACGCUGCAUGGAGGUUGUUGGACAUUUCCUCAUCAAGCACUGAGCAGGUUCUCUGAGAAGAAUUGCAUCCCAGGGCUUCCUGUACCUCUCUCGAAGCAACGCCAUCUCUGAACUCGCACCAAUCUGCUGUAUGAUGGACUGUGGGGGAAAGAGGCUAGAUUGGUUCCUUUUCAGAAGAUCAGUUUAUUCAGUGUGCCCUCAUUAUACCAAUCCCGAUAAUGAGCUGGACGAGUUUGACCUAUCUGCCUUACGCUUUGCUGUGUCCUAUUGCACUGUAAGGAUGUACGGUAGAUGUCAACGUGAAUGGUCUAAGACACUAGCAGCUGCUGUUGGCUCCUUUUUUAACUGUGGCUGAAGGAGGCUGGUUUGGGUCCUG